ACCAUUGCGUCGUAAGGUCUCUGUGUUCGCGGGCCUGAGCCGGAAGCAUAGUAGGGAUUCUGAGGGAGAGGGACUGCGAACGGAAAUGCGUCAGUAGAACAGCUCGCCGACAUGCCCAGAACUUGUGCCCCCUCAGUCUUGUCGCGCCCGGCACGACAUGUAGCCAUGCCACACCAGUCGAACUAGUAUAUCUUCUGCGAAGAUCACGGUCUAGGAUCCAAAACAGACCUGGCUGCAGUGCAUAUGCAUGUAGCGCCACAAUAUCUCGCUUAUGGCAAGCUCGCGGGGAAAUCAUGCAUUCAACAUAUUUACAAGCCAUUACUUUUCGCCUCAGUUGUCUUCUGCUCUCAAUUGUAUCUGACAUACGCUUCGCAGCGCGCAUCAUUCGCACAAGAUCUUGAACCAGCGCCCUACCGACCAACGCGGAAGUAUGCUCGCGUUGAGGGCUCCGCAUCUGCAGUGAUUGGUACCGAGGGCGCUUUCGUGGAUGCGGGACUGGCUUUUGGACGCUCGUUCCGCGUCGGCUGGGGCCCUGGAGGCACCUUGAUUCACCUCGGUGCCCUGUGUGGCCCUCAAAGCGCACCGACAAAUUCGGCCAACACCUCUGUCUUGCACAAAACGGUUGUGCCUCUUGAGGUAGGAUCACUGGCCGAGGUGAACGAGCGCGCAUCCAAACUGCUCACACAUCACUUGAGCUCCUCACCGAUCGAGGCGGAUGCAGAUGGAGUGCCUUUCGCAAACCCGUCAAAACGGCUCACCUUCUCCUCGUUCGCCGCGCUAUUUCCUGCCACCGACCGCACGUUCGAGGCGUGCUUGUUCCGCUUAGGCCGAGCGCUGUUCGACCCGAUCCAUCUGCGCCUAGAAGAACCUAUUGGGGCUGACAUCCGCAAUCGAGUGUACGCAUUGCGCCGCAAAGCUGCGCUUUCAAGUUGGCUGCAGAACGCCGUGGCGGCGUCGGUGGAUUCGGACCUGCGCGAAAACCCCGGUGCUGACUGGGGGUUCAGUAUCUUCGCACUGUUGUCUGGGAACCAAGUCGAGAAAGCAUGCGAGAUCGCUAUGGACAGCGGCAACGUCAAACUUGCUACCCUCAUCUCGCAAUGCCCUGGAGACGACGUAUUCCGAGACGAUGUGCGGACACAGCUGCAUGCGUGGCUGAGAGACCACGUUGAUGCCCACAUCACCGAGAGCACGCGUCGGAUAUACGCGUUACUCGGUGGUAUUGUGGACACGCUGGAAGGCUCCAAGGAUCCAGGACCUGAUAGGUGCCCCGACAUUUCCAUCCCGAAGGGCUUGAACUGGCGGCGAGCGUUUGGCCUUCACUUAUGGUACGGCGAGCCGUUGGAGUCUACGGUCGCAGACGCUUUCCAGGCGUACGAGCAGCACUGGAAGAACACGCAAGGAAACGUUGCUUCACCUCUUCCUUGGUACAUGGAGCAGCCCGACAGUGAUGCAAGCCUAGCCCCAUGGAAACGAGCAUCCACUGCUAAUCCUCCGGACGCUCUGUACUCUCUCAUCAGGCUAUACGCCGACCCUGCAUGUUCGUUGUCGACCGUUUUGACGCCGCUCUCAUUCAGCGCGUCCCCCGCGGACUACCGCCUUCCGUGGCAUCUAUACAUCCUGAUGUCGCGAUGUCUGCGUGUGCGUGACUUCGCCGAUCGGGGCAACGCUGGUCUCACUAUGGGCGAAGAUGCGAGUGACGCAAGUGAGGACGGUGAACCACCGGUGGAGGGCCAUAGCCCGAGCGCGGACCUCCUAGCGAACAGCUAUGCGCUGCAGCUGGAGCAGCAAGGCUUGAUCCAGGAAGCGGCAUUUGUGCUGUUACAUAUCGAGGGUUCCGCCGGGCGCGUCAAGGCAAUCAAGGAGCUCCUGGGUCGUUCCGCGGCUUUGUUGGAUGACUGGAUGACUCGCGGGCUCGUGGGCAGCUUGAAGCUACCGCUGGCCUGGGUCAACGAAGCCAAGGCUAUGCAUGCGUUGGACUGUGGCGAUGUCUUCGGCGCGUACGAGCUUUAUCUAUCCGCCGGCUUGUAUAAUGCUGCACACGAUCUGGCUGUGCUGGAGCUAGCGCCCGACGCAGUGAUCCGUGGGGAUCUUGAGCUGCUGAAAGGAUUAUUCGAGCAGUUCCUUGAUCAUCCUGUAGAUGACUGGCAUGCGAGAGGCAAGGUCUUCUUGGACUACGCGCAUGCCAUGUUACGUUUGGAGGAGUUAGGAGACUACCUCGAAGACACGAACUCUGCCGUUCCCGAUGCGGCGGAGGCAGCAGACCUCGAACAUCUUUCGCGAUCCGUACCGAGGCUCAUCAGUAUGCUGCCGGACGUGCUGCAUGAUCAGUCUGAUGUCAGACAUAAAGCCGCAGUGGCGGAGAUGACUACACAGCUCACUACGCGCCUCGACCGAGUGAGGCCCCUCGCGCUCAACCAGUCUCCGGUGCGCAAUGCUUUGUUGGACGAUGGUCUGCGGAUACACAAUAUCCGCACGGCCGCAUACGAACGAUUUUUAAAACUGUUGAAGCUGCAUGACAAUGUUUAUUAUGUAUUAUGGGAUUGUUGGAUAGCCGUGCAUGCCUGAUACUUCCUUGGUUUUGCCACCUACAAGCAGCCUUGAAUCGUCAACUCAAUGAUCGUGUCGGUCAUUUAUGAGGUGCAGUUGAUGUUUUUGCUUGCGCGGACUCAAAUCUUAUAUUAAUAGC